AUGGAACAAGACAACGAUAGAAUAGUGUCACGUUUAUGGCGUGCCCACCGUACUGUGAAGGAGAUGGUUCGUGAUAGGGGAUACUUUAUAACCACCGAGGAGAUUGAGAUGCCAUUGGAUGAGUUCAGAGCUAGAAUGUGUGAUCAAAUGGGCAGACCAAAUAGAAAGAACAUGAGUUUCCAAGCACAACCUUCCGAGGAGACGUUGUUGAAGUUCCCACAGAUGGGGUCCAUGUGGGUUGAGUUCUGUGAUGAGCCAAGCGUGGGUAUUAAGACCAUGAAGAACUUCAUCAUUCACAUCUCCGAGAAGAACUUCAGUGCUGGUAUAUUCAUCUACCAAAAUAGUAUCACCUCCAGUGCCGCAAAGCUGAUCCCAACCGUGGCACCAGCCACCAUUGAGCUUUUCCAGGAGAGUGAUUUAAUCGUUAACAUUACGCAUCAUGAACUGGUUCCAAAGCAUCUACUCUUGAGCGACGAAGAAAAGACACAACUCUUGGAGAGAUAUAGAUUAAAGGAAUCACAGCUUCCUAGAAUUCAAAGAGAAGACCCUGUUGCUAAGUAUUUAGGGCUCAGAAGGGGACAGAUUGUGAAGAUCAUCAGAAAGAGUGAAACCUCUGGUAGAUAUGCCAGUUACAGAAUAUGUCUUUAA